UCCAGUCCUCCUCUACUUCCCGUAAUCCCCUGUUCCCCCAUUUCCCGUCUUUCAUCGCAUUCUUCAAUUGUAGCAUCACUCUCCCCAAUGGCUCUCGCACGACUGAGUUCACUCGUUAAACGCGCCACCCAACUCACCACCACACCGUUUCAUUCCCUCGCCAUCUCUCCCCAGCCUCAUCAUCUCUCUGCCCAAUCCCAUCUGACGACGUCGUUUCCUCCAACGAGCCGCCAAGCUUUACAAACUCAUUUCUUCUCAACAACCUCGGAGAAGCGAAACAUACAAGACCACAAGCGCAGAUUGCUGGCGGCUAAAUAUGAAUUGAGGCGAAAGCUUUAUAAAUCCCUCAGCAAAGAUCCGGAGCUUUCGAGUGAAAUGCGUGCCAAGCAUCGUUACAAGCUCUCCAAGUUGCCGAGAAAUAGCUCCUUUGUGCGCCUGCGGAAUCGGUGUGUUUUCACGGGCCGUGCUCGUGGAGUGUACCAGUUCUUCCGGAUGUCUCGUCUCGUGUUUCGUGAUUCAGCGAAUAAAGGUGCUUUGAUGGGCGUCACCAAAGCAUCUUGGUAGGCGGAAGAAAUCUCGAAUCCAUUUAACGGUUUUCGUAAAAUGGCAUAUGUUUCGUGGAACCUGUUGAUCCUUCCUGAAGGUUAAUGAUUUACUUUUAUAAAGCAAGUGUCAUUAAAUAUAACAUAUGAGCUGACCUGGACAGUUGGACUGUUUGCCAAUGGAAGCUGUCAGUCAGUUAGGUACGAGAUCCCACUAUGUCAGUAAAAAGAUCUGUAAAAGACCAAGAAGGCUCACAUCUCUAUUUUCACUUUGUGUACCCGUGGACUGUUUAACUCAUAAUAUAUGAUCUUCGGUAAAAUUAACUGUAUAUUCUAUGAUAGAUUACCCACCAAUAGUGUAUUUAUAAUAGUCUCAUCAUCAGCUAUUUAAAAUAAUAUUCGCUGGUCUUAGGCUGGACUUGAUUGCUGAAACGCAAUUAUCAUUUUACUGCAAAUGGUUUUUGUUUAAUGAAUGAUAUACUACCUGAUAGGCCUUUGCUGGUACGGAA